UGAGAUGGCAGUGGGAGAGAGCGACAGCGUGAAGAGGUAGUCUGAGUGAGCAGCUGACAGCCUGAGAAAGAGAGAGGGAGAGAGCGAGAGAGAGAAGUGGGUGGGGGUCGUCUCAGCUCACCAUAGAGAGCGAGAGCGAGUGGAGCAUCACUCUGUGUUUAUCCUCACAUUCCCCACUGCAACUGAGCCACUGAGAGGGAGCGCGCAUUUGACUGAGCCCAGUGGAAGCGGCAAGGACCAGCAUCACCGCCGGGACAUCCAUGCAUCGAGCUCCACGGGAAGGACGUCCGUAAACCAGCCACGGUCAGAUCCAGAGAAAGAGAGAGCAAGCAGACGGCUGCCAGAAAUCGGAGGCUUUCUGCAAGUCACAACAUAGCUGGAUACGGGAUCACUACAGGGACAUAACCGGCGACCGCCACUAAGAUAGCAGUCUUUCAGAUGGAGUGGGGGAGAAAGACAAAGGAAGGCCAAGUGUUCCCAAGGAGGAGACUUUAACGACAGAAGAGAGGUUUCAAGUUCGGGCUUCUUCUUGGCACUAUUGCAAGCCAUGACUUCCGCUGCACCGUGCACAGCAAAGGACAAGCACCAACACAACAAAAUACUUCCACAGAAGGUGUUUGAGGAGUGGACUGGUGAGAUUUGUUCUCAGAAUGCAACUUGCGCAGAAGCAUCACUGGGCCACGAUGCCAGCACCAGGCUGCAUCCUGGCUUUGGCUCUCUUUCUGGCUCUACAGGAUGCUACUCAUGCCGCUCCAUCCGGAGACAACAAGUUGGUCAGGACCACCCGAUUGAGGAGGCAGAUUCCAGAUGGUGAUACCUCGGCUUCUGCAGCUAACCAGACGAUGCAAGAGCAACCUUUGGUCUUCAACCACGUUUAUAACAUUAACGUACCUGUGGAGUCUCUAUGCUCGGUCGACCUUGACGCCUCUGCACCACCCGGCCCAGGAAAUGGUCCCCGUGCUGAGCUAGGAUCCAGAGCAUCUGUAGAAGGACCACUGGACUCAGUUGGACCAACAGAGUACACUGAACAGUCAAUGGAUGCUGACAGCCAGGUAACAUUCACUCACCGUAUCAACAUCCCGAAAGCGGCCUGUGGUUGCCCAGCAACCGUCACGAUCCAGCAACUCGCCAUGAGGGUGGAGAUGCUGGAGAGAGAGGUGACCAUGCUUCGGACUCAAUGUGGAACCGGUUGCUGUGGAGAGAAUCCAGCCAUUGGCCGUUUUGACUAUUUCCCAGGAUGCAACGGCCGCGGCAGCUUUAGCCUGGAGCUGUGCGGCUGCAUAUGUGACGAAGGCUGGACGGGCAAAAACUGCUCAGAACCACGUUGUCCCAAUGACUGUUCCGGCCAGGGCGUCUGCAUCGAGGGUGAAUGUGUGUGCGACCGCGACUUCUCAGGAGAAAACUGCUCUGAACCGCGGUGUCCGGCUGACUGCUCGGGCCGUGGCUUGUGCAUCGACGGGGAGUGCGUGUGUGAGGACUCAUUCUCCGGCGAGGACUGCAUGGUCGGGAGGUGCGUGAACGACUGCUCGGACCAGGGGUUGUGCGUGAACAGUACGUGCCAGUGCCGACCCGGGUACGUGGGGGAGGACUGCUCACUGGUGUACUGUGCUAACAACUGCAGCAAAAAGGGAAUCUGCAAGGAUGGCUUCUGCGUUUGCCAGAAUGGCUUUGCUGGAGAUGACUGCAAUUCCGUGGCCCCUGCCAUGAACUUGAAGAUCCGAGGGGUAACAGAUACAGCCAUCGAGCUGGAAUGGGAGGGUUCUGUUGUUCUGACAGAUUUCCUUGUGACCUACACACCAAGCAGCCCAGGAGGUGUCCAACUAGAAAUGAGGAUGCCGGGGAAUACCACAUCCUGCACUAUCUCAGAACUGGAAGCGGGCUUGGAGUACAACAUCAAUGUGUUUGCUGUCAUUAACAACAGCAUCAGUGUCCCUGCCAGCAUUACUGUCACAACCUACCUCUCCAAUCCGGUUGGUUUAGUCUUCAAAUCCAUCACAGAGACGUCAGUGGAGGUCCAGUGGCAACCUUUCUACAAUUCCUUCGAUGGCUGGGAGAUCAGCUUCAUCCCCAAGGACAAUGAUGGUGGGAUGACUGCCCAGCUGCCCAGCACCAUCACCUCCUUUGUGGAAACUGGUCUGAGACCAGGGGAGGAGUACACAGUCAACUUGGUAGCGCUCAGGGACCAGGGUCGAAGUCAGCCUUUCACUGCUACUGUCACUACACUGAUCGAUGGCCCCACUGAGCUGGUGGUGCGCGAUGUGUCCGACACGGUAGCUUUCUUAGAGUGGACCCCGCCAAAAGCCAAGAUUGAUCAGAUUGUGUUGCGUUAUGGCCUCGUGGGAGGGGAGGGGCCGCGGACUACCUUCCGCCUCCAGCCCACGCUCAGCCAGUAUACCCUGCAGGUCCUGCGACCCGGAUCCCGUUACGAGGUGUCUGUGAGUGGCGUGAAGAACGGGAACACCAGUGGAUUAAUUUCCAUUGAAUUUACUACCGCUUUAUCGUUUUCCUCAGAGAUCGAUACCCCUAAGAACCUGCGGCUCCUCUCCAAGACCUCCACCACACUGGAGCUGGAAUGGGAUAACAGCGAGGCACAGGUGGAUGCCUACCAGGUGGUGUACAGCACAUUGGCCGGUGAUCAAUAUGAAAAAGUCAUUGUACCAAGAAAUGAGGGAGCAACCACCAAGACCACUCUCACUGACCUGCUGCCUGGCACGGAAUAUGGUAUUGGCAUUUCCGCUAUAAGAGGUGACAACCAGAGCACAUCAGGCACGAUGAAUGCCAGAACAGGUCUGGAUGUUCCCAUGGAUCUGACCGUGAUGGCAUCGACAGACAACACAAUCACCCUAGUGUGGGGCAUGGUCCAGGGCCCAAUUGACUUCUACAAAGUCACCUUUACAUCCUCUUCUGGCGUGUCUACUGAGCUGACUGUGCCUAAAGAUGAAACCACCACCACUCUGACAGACCUGGAGCCUGGGACUGAAUACACCAUCACAGUGGCAGCCAGGAGAGGACGACAGCAGAGCAACGUGGCCACCAUAGAUGCCUUCACAGGGAUCAGGCCCGUCUCUCACCUCUACUUAUCUGAGGUGACCUCCGACUCAGUGCUGGUUGCGUGGAGCUCACCAGCGCCGCCCGCUGACGUCUUCAUCCUCAGCUACAGCUCUGCCGAUGGCACCGACACCUCCAAGGUGACCCUGGAUGGUUCCAAGACCAGGUCGCUUGUGCAGGGGCUGCUGCCCUCUACUCAGUACGACGUCAGCCUGAUUACAAUACAGGGGGACGUUACCUCUGACCCUGUUAUGGCAUCCCUUACGACAGGUAUGGACCCACCCAAACAGAUGACGGUGUCCGCCGUGGCCGAGGACACAGUGACUAUUUCAUGGAUCAAACCUCUGGCUCCAUUUGAGUAUUAUAAGCUGUCCUAUCAGUCAGCCAGAGGUCGAGUGGACAGUGUCGUGAUUGACAGCGAUGUGACCAACUACACCUUGUCGAGUCUGUUCCCCGCCACUGAAUAUGAGAUCAGUUUGAAUGCUGUCAGGGGGAGCCAGGAGAGCAAAAUGGUUACAGCCUCAGUCUUCACAGCAAUGGACAUGCCGUCAGAGUUGACCGCACUCAACAUCACUCCACAAGGAGCCCUGCUGAGGUGGAAUCCCCCUCUGUCCAAUGUUGACAAUUAUGUGCUGACUCUCACACACAACCAGGUGACAGCAGAUACCUUCCUGGUGGAGGGAAACAAGCAGGAGCACCAGCUGUCCAACCUGAAACCCAGCACAUCCUACUCGGUAGCCCUCUAUGCCACCAAGGGACCCCUCACCAGUGGCACUGUCAUUGCCAACCUGCAAACACCCAUGGAUGCCCCUCUGAACCUGACAGCUAGCGAAGUAAAUCACCGCAGUGCUCUCAUCUCCUGGAAACCGCCCGCCUCAGAAAUUGACAACUACAUGCUCACCUACAAGUCGUCUGACGGCAACCGUAAAGAGUUGAUCCUCGACUCAGAGGACACAUGGAUCCGUCUGGAGGGCCUUGCCGAGACCACUGAGUUCACUGUCAAGCUGCAAGCGGCGAGAGGCCUUGACACCAGCGUUGUCGUCACCACCACCUUCAUCACAGGGAGUCGGUUGUUUGCGACACCUCAGAAUUGCGCCCAGCACCUGCUGAACGGCGAGACGCUGAGCGGCGUCUACACCAUUUACAUCAACAGGGACCCCAGCCAGGGUGUGCAGGUGUACUGUGACAUGAGCACGGACGAAGGAGGCUGGAUUGUAUUUCAGCGACGUCAGAACGGCCUAACAGACUUUUCCAGGAAAUGGAGUGACUAUCGGGUUGGUUUUGGGAACCUGGAGGAUGAAUUCUGGUUAGGUCUGGACAACAUCCAGAGGCUUGCAGCUCAGGGCCGCUAUGAGCUGAGGAUCGACAUGAAGGAUGGACAGGAGUCGGUGUACGCCAAUUAUGAUAAAUUCUCACUGGGUGAUGCCAGAAACCUGUACAAGCUCAGGAUAGGAGAGUACAAUGGCACUGCUGGUGACUCUCUGAGCUACCACCAGGGACGACCCUUCUCCACGAAAGACAGGGACAACGACAUUGCUGUCACUAACUGUGCCUUGUCCUACAAAGGAGCUUGGUGGUACAAGAACUGCCAUCGGGCCAACCUCAAUGGAAAAUACGGGGAGUCCAGACACAGUCAGGCUCGUUUGGAUGAGUUUGGCGAUGAACAAGCCCAUCCAAAGGGAACAGACGUGCAACGUUUUGUAGAAACUCUUCCCCGAAAAGAGUGGAAGCCGUUACAGCUGUUACGCAAGGAGGAGGAUCAGCUCCAUAUUUUCGAAUUGAUUUUUUGUUAGCAAAGUGAUCACAUGACUAGAUACUUUUGUCCGUUUGUAUGGUGUCAUUUCCUGCCGGUAUAGAAAGCAGCUACAUCUGCAAUCUGGCCUCAUACUGUCAACACAAUUGCAUCUUUUUUUUGUUUGUUUUCCAUUUGGUCCCCAACACAAUCAUAAGAUGAGGAUGUUUCCAUCGCUGAUAGCAAGAACUGCUGUCGCAUGAACUCGGUGGUCUAUUUACAGAUUUGUCUCCUUUGAAACUUGCUGUAGAGCAAACGAGGAAAAUGUAUCACACCACAUGUAUAUUUUGGGUUAUUUUGUGUGUGUUCUUCCAGGCAUUCCCUUGUUUCGUCUAAUAUUCACACGUAGAUUCGGAUGUAUCUUGUCUUUUGAUACGCUCCUCUUGUAGAUUCAGACUCAUGCCAAAAAAAAAGCUUCGCUCUUAAAUGAAAGCUCUGCAUGCCCACUACACUGCAGUCGCCAUCCCAAUAGUCAGCAGCUGUUGUCUUUAUUAGUAGGACUUUAUCUGGGUUUAAGUUACUUGUUGAAAUAGUUUGUAAAGUUUUGACCUAAUUUAACCAGGUAACAUCUCCCUGCUUGUUUUGUGUGCAUCUGUUAUGCUUCUUCUAGAUGUCUAGUAGAGAGGAGAUACUUGUGUGUUCUUAUUACAUGAACCACUCAGCAGUACAAGGAACAAACAGAAUGUUAUGAAUAUUAUUUGUACAAGUCUCACACGAAUUGAAUGGAAUUGAAUACAAAAAGCACACCACUAUAAAGGAUACCACACAAAGCUGAUUCAUACUUAAUACAUUUAACUAAACACUGCAGUUAAAAUGAUGGUUAAAUCUUUCAUGAAAAACAGACUAUUUCAAAUGAGUGCUUAACUUUUUGUACAAUGCAAGUUUGCCUCACUGUAUGUAUCGGUCUCAUCUGGAUUAUAAUCAAUAUGGUUUUGCAUUCAUUUGAAUUUAACUAACCAGCGUGUUUAGUCGAAUGCGGGGGUUUUCAGAGUGUGGCACAGCGAGCCUCGCCUUCGAUAGUACUUGUCUAAUACAGCUGAAGUCUCCCAUAGUCAGAAUUUUCUGUGCAUUUCUGGUCACCCCAGAAUCGGUUUACUCGAAACAUACAAACUAAAAAGCAAUUCAUUUUUGUAGGUUUAAAAAAAAAAAUGUUUUUUUUUAAUUUUUCUUAAGCUGUUGUCAGCUCACACUUGGAAAACCCCUGGUGUGAAACUUUUGGUUUGUGAUCAAAAAUAUGCAGAUUCCUGAAAUGUUUAAGUACUGUUUUAACUGGAGGGUAUUUUGUUGUUUGCCAUCUUGAAUGACAAAUUGAAGCAGCCACAGUAUGACAGAAAAACACCCGCUCUUGCUUAUUUGUUGCAGCUUUAUUUGCUUUCAAGUGGAUUCAACAAAAGUAUUAAAAAUAAAUCACCGCCACUCAUAGUUUUCCCUUUUUGAGGUGACAUUUUGUACUAGAAGUGCGAUGCUGUAACUUAACACAGAUUUGACAUGUUGCAAAUGUUAAAAACGUUUGACAAAAAAACAAUGCACUGUUGACUGUUGAUACAUGCUGAACACUUGGGAUUUGUGGUUGGAUAAAACUUGGAUAUUGCUGUCGAGAAUUUAGCUCUAGUUUGACAUAUGCGUGUACUAUAUAGUUCCUUUUAUAAUACAUUUUCUACAUAUUAAUAAAAUACUCAAA